AUGCCCUCACAACAAACAAUUAAAGAAUCUAAAACAGAUGUGUUAAUCAUUGGUGCUGGUCCAUCAGGAUUGAUGUGUGCUUUGUGGUUAGCAAGAUGUGGAAUCCCUUGUAGAAUCAUUGAUAAACGUGCUGGAGACAUCUUUGCUGGCCAAGCUGACGGCUUACAAAGUCGUUCAUUUGAGAUUUUCCAAUCUUUUAGUGAAGAUCCAUUUGACUUUGUUACUUUGGAUAAGGCAUGGAAAGCUGCUAACCAUAUGAUGGAAAUGAGUUUCUGGUCCCCCAAUGAAAAGGGUGUAUUGGCUAGAAAAUCACGUAUUCCUGAUUUCAUUCCUGGUAUUUCGAGAUUCCAUGAAUGUGUUAUUCAUCAGGGUAAGAUUGAAAAUUGGCUCAAUACUUCUAUUGAUCAGUUUUCUGAAGGUAAAGUCAAAGUUGAGCGUCCAUACUUGCCAUUGUCCAUUAAAAUUGAUGAAAAUAUGAAGGGUGACCAAGAUUAUGCUGUUGAAGUUUUGGUAAAGAGGUUGUCGGAUGACUUGGCCAAGCCAGAGCAAUAUGGAAACAUUUCAAAUGGGUUGUUUAGAGCAUUCGAAGGUGAUCAAGAUAAAUUUUAUGCUGACCACGUGAGCGAUGGUAACGUUGAAGACUUUGAACUUAUCAAGGCCAAGUAUGUGCUUGGUUCUGAUGGUGCUCACAGUUGGGUCAGAAAGCAAUUGGAGAUUGAAAUGCAAGGAGAAACAACUGAUUUUAUUUGGGGGGUCAUCGAUAUGGUUCCAAUUACCAACUUUCCUGAUAUUAGAAGUAGAUGUGCUGUUCAUUCAAGAGAAAGUGGAUCAAUGAUGGUUAUUCCUAGAGAGAACGACUUGUGUCGUCUCUACAUUCAAUUGAAGGAAGUUGCUAGAGAAGAUGGUGAAGGUAGUGAUGUCAAUGCAGCCAAGGCAAAGGGAAGAAUCGAUCGAUCUAAAAUUACACCUGAAUCCAUUAUUAAGCAAGCCAAGGAGAUCAUCCAACCAUUUGACUUGGAUAUUACUGAUAUCAGUUGGUUUACUGGUUACCAAAUUGGUCAGCGUGUUGCCACUGGAUUCCACAGAAACAACCGUGUAUUUAUUUCAGGUGAUGCGUGCCACACCCAUUCACCAAAAGCUGGUCAAGGUAUGAAUGUGUCAAUGCAGGAUACUUACAACUUGGGUUUCAAAUUGGCCUUAGUUUGUAAAGGAUUGGCUAAGCAGGAUAUUUUACAAACAUACCAACUGGAGAGAAAAAAGGUUGCUCAUGAUUUGAUCAAUUUCGAUCAUAAAUUCUCCCGUUUGUUUAGUGGUAAGCCAAUGAUCCCCAAUGCCGAAAAGUUAGAGGGAAGCAAAGAUGCUGGUGGUGUUGAUUUGGAUGAGUUCCAUCAAGUUUAUGUUCAAGGAGCCAAAUUUGCUAGUGGAACGAUUAGUGACUAUCAAGAUUCAAUCAUGGUUAAGAAAACAGGUGCUAAACCUCGCUCUGGUGAAGAAGCCGACGGGGAUUUCAAUCCAUUGGCAAACAAUGUCCCUGUGGGAAGAAGAUUGUUUAGUGAUUUGGUUUUGGGCCACAUUGAUUACAAGAUGGUGCAUUUGGCUGACAAGAUGCCUUCGGAUGGUAGAUUUAGAGUGUUGAUUUUCCCCGGUGAUGUCCAUCAAUACAAGGCUAAUUGGAAUACAUUGAACAAGUUCAAUGAUGUGCUUGAAGCCAAGGACAGUUUUAUCAAACGCUAUACACCAGUCAAUGCAUUCCCAAGUUCAGUUAUUGAAAUUCUCACCAUUCAUGCUUCACUGAGAUUUGAUAUUGAGUUCCAUGACUUCCCUCAAUUUACUAGAUCUACUGAUUUCAAAGGACGUACUGAUUAUUGGAGAAUUUUCUGUGGAGCUGGUAAAGCAUAUGAUGGAACUGAUAUUGACAUCUACAAGACUUUUGGUAUUGAUAAGCAAGCCGGUGCUAUCUUGGUUGUUAGACCUGAUAGCCAUGUGGCUCAAGUGGUUGAGUAUUCUUUGGAUGGAUUGAAACAGGUUGAUGAGUACUUUAGUGGGUUCAUGCUUGAUCAAAGGAAUAACGUUUUGCCAGAAAAAGACAAGACUAUUAACGAUGCUAUUAGAUUCCUUCAACCAAGAUUAGCAGUAUAA